AUGGUUUUGCUAGACAAGCUUUGGGACGAUGUUGCAGCCGGACCUCAACCUGAACGCGGUCUCGGCAAACUCAGGAAAUUGAUCACCCCUAAUCCCUUGACCAUCAAAGAGGGGGAAGGAGAGAGUAGCAGCAAGAACCAGAGAUCCCUGUCCGUGCCAUCGACACCAGGGACACCGGCAACACCUGUGACACCAAAUACGCCAUCGCCCAAGGCGGCGCGUAAGGAAAACGUUUGGAGGAGUGUUUUCCACCCGGGUAGCAACCUUGCCACCAGGCAUAUUGGAGCUGAUGUCUUUGACAAGCCACAGCCUAACUCUCCCAGUGUUUAUGACUGGCUCUACAGUGGGGAGACUAGGAGCAAGCAUCGCUGA